AGCAUGAAAGCCCUCAUCAGAUGUCAUCACCUUGAUCUGGGGACUUCCUAGCCUCCAGAAUUGUGACGAAAUAAGUUUCUGUUCUUUAUAAAUGUUCCAGUCUAGCAGCACAAACAGACUAAGACAAGGAGUCAAUGGAGGCAAUGGGAAGCAGGAGGCAGGUGUGUGGUGGUCAUAUUCUCCAGAGCAUGAGGAAUCAGAGCUGGCAAUAGGCACAGUGUGAUAAACAGCACUUAGCACUCAGCAGAGGGGAGUGGAAGUGAUGAUGGUUAGUAAGGGGAAAUGGAUGUGACCGAGUGGUAGGGGAGUGUCGGCCCAGUGUGUCCCCAACCCCUCUCCCUGCAGCUCUUUCUGACAUCUUUGGGUUUCUCCUCUUUUUCCCUUCUAUCUCUGUGUAUAUGUCAGUAUCUUUCUUUGUCCUUGCGUAUGUCUUUUGGUUUCUAAUAGAACUGGCACCUGGGAAAAUGGGGAGGUGGCUUGACCUUUGACCUCUAUGUUCUAGAACCUUAUUACCCAGACCAGUGCUCAUAGAGCCCAGAGAUCCAGAAUGUUUCUUAUUCUGAACACCGCAGGGUGAGGUGGAAGCAGAGUUAGUUAGUUUGGAGGGCUUGUGGCUAUCAUAAUGCAGUUCUUAGGCACAGUGAUAGUGAUCUUGUCCAUAUUGAUGGCUCCCAACGUGGACGCCAAGAUUUUUGAACACUGUGAACUAGCAAAGAAGCUGGAGAAGGCAGGCCUCAACAGCUACAAAGGCUACAGCAUCAGAGACUGGUUGUGCAUGGCACACUACAAGAGUGGCUUUGACACCUCCUUCGUGGACCACAAUCCUGACGGCAGCAGUGAAUAUGGCAUUUUUCAGCUGAACUCCGCCUGGUGUGACAAUGGCAUCACACCCACCAAGAACUUUUGCCACAUGGAUUGUCAAGAUCUGCUCAACCACCAUAUUCUGGAUGAUAUCACAUGUGCCAAGCUGAUAGUGUAUUCUAAGAAUAGUAUGAAUGCCUGGGAUUCGUGGAGCCAGCACUGUUCUGGCCAUGAUUUAUCUGAAUAGUUCAAAGGAUGUGAUGUGAAUAUGAAAACUGACUCAAUGAAAAUUAAUUCAUGACUUAAAUUCCCAGAAAUGGAAAUUUUUUCCUUUCUUUUGUGAGCUUAAUAAAGAAUGAUAUCUACAAA